UUGAGCCCGGCGCGUGUCGACGCAUCGUCAUCUCCGUUUGCUCCUCUCCGACACCAUCGCCCACCAGGCGUUGAAGAAUCCAUCCCCAAAUUGCGUUCCCACCAGCGCUUCCAGAAGCCCUCCUCGUCCUCCAACCACGCCCCCGCCUUCUAGAACCUUCCUACCCCGACUCAAAGCGGCUGCUCCUUCCCGCCACUUCACGCCCUCGUGAGUCGUGACGCCUACUCACCUCGCUCGCUCGCCGUCUGCCCGUCUCGAUCUCUGGAGCCCUGCUCCUGGUUUCUCUCUGUAGGAGAGAGAGAGAGAGAGAGAGAGAGAGAGAGAGAGAGAGAGAGAGAGAGCCUUGGGAGUCGGGGUCUCUGCGCUUUCUUGCGGCGUUGCGGGUCAAAAGCGACCACCCGACGUGGCGCGUGUUUCGCUCCUCCUCCUCACGCCGGAAUCAAAUCUCUGAGCUCCCUUUAACGCCCCCUGAUUUGGUUCGUGGUAUUGGUGCAUGAACUUGCACAAAGAUCUACCCUUUUCUUUACUGUUUGGCGUCAGGGUGAUCACCAGGUGUCUUCUUCUUGGGUUCCUUCCACAUGUCCAAGCCUCCGCGUGAGUGAUUGUUGCUGCUGCUGUUUGGUGCGCGCGACUCGUGAUGGGGUGAAGUGCUAGUCGCAAGAUCGGACUGCGCUUGUCUGCAUCGCGGCACCUUGUUCUUGCGCCCAUACCUCUUGCUUUCGUCACGCCUGACCUGUGCCUUCUUGUUGCACCUGUGCUUCAAUUAACCAUUUCUGGUGCCAAAGUGUACAAAUCUUUGGUGUGUAGUUCUGCUUCUUGGUGAGGUGAGGUUCUUGGUUUGAUCUUUUGGUGGGUGUUGCCACGAAUUACCGAAGGAUGAAUCAUCCUGUCAAGGUGGAGAGCUGGCCAGGCUCAGCCAACGACUCGCCGAGACCGAUGGACGGGCUCAGCGACGCUGGACCACCACCGUUCCUCAGUAAGACUUAUGACAUGGUGAGUGAUCCGACUACGGAUGCCGUCGUGUCAUGGAGCGCCACCAACAACAGCUUCGUGGUGUGGGAUCCUCAUAUCUUUGGGACGGUGCUGCUGCCGAGUUACUUCAAGCACAACAACUUCUCCAGCUUCGUCCGGCAGCUGAACACUUAUGGCUUCAGAAAGGUGGAUCCUGACAGAUGGGAAUUUGCUAAUGAGGGCUUCCUGAGAGGACAGAGGCACCUUCUAAAAAAUAUCAGGCGCCGCAAACCUCCACACUCAUCUCCAAAUCAGCAAUCUCUUGGCUCUUACCUUGAGGUAGGGAACUUUGGAUAUGAUGAAGAGAUCGAGCAGCUGAAGAGGGACAAACAGCUGUUGAUGUCUGAAGUUGUGAAGCUGAGGCAGGGGCAGCAAAACUCUAAGUCAGAUCUACAGGCCAUGGAAGAGAAGUUACAUGGGACCGAGCAGAAGCAACAGCAGAUGAUGGCAUUCAUGGCGCGAGUCAUGCAGAACCCUGAGUUCCUCCGUCAGCUGAUCUCCCAGCGUGAGAUGAGGAAAGGCCUCGAGGAUGCCAUCUCAAAGAAAAAAAGGCGCCGCAUAGAUCAGGGACUUGAAGCUGAUAGCAUGGGCACUAGUUCUAGCCUGGAGCAAGGGUCACAGGUCGUGUUUGAAACGCAGGAACCGUUGGAAUCACUUGCCAAUGGUGUUCCAUCUGAUCUGGAAAGUUCGUCUGUUGAGACAAAGGGAUUCGAGGUUCAACAAGGUGUUUCAUCCAGUGGCUCUGAACGUCUGAAAGGCAGGCCCAGUGGGGAGUUAAAUGAUGACUUCUGGGAGGACCUUCUGCAUGAAGGGGGACUCGGUGAGGAGUCUGGUAAUCCAGUUGGUCAGGAUGGUAUGAACAUGUAGUCUCGGAAGUUGGGCUACCUCAACUCAAACAACGUACACCCGAACAUUAGUAGCUCUCGUUUUAUGGCUCCAGCUCCGAGUAUCUUUACCAUUAUGCUCGUUAUAUCCCUGUGUUUGCACCGGAUUGGAUCGUCUUCAAUCUAUCAACACUAUAUCGAUCACAGUUGUUAAUACAGUCUGUUCACCUUGUGGAAGUAUUUGGGUUAAGAUGUUUGUAUGGUUUCCAGGUACAUCAUAGUUUGUUUUUCCAUGGCCGGUCUUGUUACCAUUGUGAAUACACUGUUUGCGCAAAGGCUAUGGCCAUGUUGCAGGCAGUAUGACAGUGUAUCUGUUAUAAGUCAUAACUAAUUGCAGCGCUGGCACUUCCGGGUGGCGUGCCGGUAUGAGAUUGUAGGGAAGACCAUAUAGCUUGUAUACAGAAGAUGCUGGUCUAUAAUAACCUGUAAUGUGAGAAACUUCAUUUCACUUUGGAAUUUGGCAUUUCACUAUGUAUAUAUAUCACAUAUUAUUACCGUA